AGAAACUUUAGAGUGGAACGAAUUUUAAAAAACCCCAAAACGCACCAACGUUCUGUUUGAAAAUUUGUUGAAGCAGUUAACCUGGUUUGGGUAACUAACUAAAUAUUUCUUCGUUAAAACUGUUGAAUCCAUAUAUGGUCGUCUGCCACGAUGAAACCACCUGUCUGAUCCCUGAACCAAUAACUUGUAUACAGCAGAUAGUUGACACAAUGGCUCAAGAAUGUGAAGAUAUAACAAGUCUGGUGAAGCGGGCGAGGGCUUUAUUUUUCCAGAGAUUCGAAUACGAAGGCACAGUUGUUGUCUGUUCCCCAGGGAGGGUAAAUUUGAUCGGAGAUCAUGUUGACUACAACGGUGGCUAUGUUUUACCCAUGGCAAUACCAAUGGCCACUGUAUGUGUUGGAUCUCUGAAUGAGUUGUCAAUGUGUCGAGUAGAAACUGAUUCAACAAUUCAAGGGAUAGAUGAUCCUAAAUAUGUUGAAUUUAACAUCCCAUCAGAAGCUACAUUACUUGAGCCAGGAUCUCCUAGAUGGGCCAAUUAUGUUAAGGGUAUUGUAGCUGGAUUUCAUGAUCGUGUAAGCAAUGGAUUUGAUUGUGUAAUUACUUCUUCUAUUCCUGUGGGAGCAGGACUUUCUAGCAGUGCAGCAAUAGAAGUUGCAAGCUAUACGCUUUUGGAGGAAUUAUUUAAUAGUCCAUCAUCAAGUUUAAAGGAAAAAGCAUUGGCUUGUCAGAAAGCUGAGCAUGUGUUUGCUGGAUGUCCAUGUGGUAUUAUGGAUCAGUUUGUAUGUACGUAUGCUGUUUCUGGAUGCGCACUUUUAUUAGAUUGCAAGGCUAUGGAAAGUCAAAAUGUGCCGUUAAACGAUCCGAACGUUUGUAUUUUAAUUAUAAAUUCGGGGAUCAAGCAUGAGUUGUCAGGAAGUGAAUAUCCUAUUCGCCGGGCACAGUGUGAAAAAGCCGCAAUUGCCUUAGGAGCUCCCUACUUGCGCGAUGUUAGCCGACAAACGUUAGAAGAAAAUAAAGAGCAACUUCCCAAAGAAGUAUACAGGCGCACACUCCAUGUUGUAAAUGAGACGGAAAAUACCCUGAAGUUCGUUGAGUUUCUCAAAGCAAAAAAUUACGCGGAAGCCGGCCAAUGUAUGUUAAGAAGCCAUGAAUCUCUUAGUGAUCUCUACAAUGUUUCUUGCGUCGAACUGGAUGCAAUUGUGGAAAUAGCAAGUAAAACCGCGGGUAUCUAUGGAGCUCGAAUGACAGGAGGAGGAUUCGGCGGGUGUGUUGUUGCGCUGGCCGAGACCGAGAAGGCAUUAAGCGCGAUGGAAUCUGUUCGCAGUCAUUGCGAACUUCGCAAUAUAUUACCCAUUUCAUAUAUAUGCAAACCUUGCGAAGGCGCCCGACGUCUAAAUUAGGCUGUCUGUGGUAUCAAUAUUUGACUGAGAUGGUUUCUACAGAACGCGUAAUUUCGUUUACUCUUUUCAGUCAAGUAACUGUUACACUUCAAACACAUAAUCUCCCUUCAGAAGCUGUUUUUUUAGUUGAGAUGCCUUUUCUUCCCUACGCAAACAAGUGCAAUUAUAAGACACCCGUGUGCCAAGAAAAAAAUUAUUCAAUAGAAGACAAGCCUUGCCUGAUAAGUCGUUUGUGGUCUCCUUUUGUCUCAAUAUUACCCAACAGCGUUUGGAACUCCGCUUCAAACUGGUGUCGCAUUUUCCGUUGAAGACGUUCAAGUUCUCGGUUCACUUCUUUCUUCUCUAUUCCAGCUUCGUCAGCCGUAGUUGCAACUACAUCUUUUAAUUCCUUUAACUUCUCCUCAUAGCUAUGGAAAUGGUUUGUUACAAUUGUUGGUUGUUACUUUCAUAAUAUUUUUCUUAUACUUAUUUUUUAGACGCCGAAGAUUUGUUUCCGAUUCUUUAAGGAUCGCAGCAUUUUGAAGAUGCCUUUCUCUCACCUCCUUACGCAGCUCAUUAUAUUGUUCAUGUAAAAAUGUUUUCCAAAUCCCUUUAACAAUCUGUUAUCAAAGAUAGGAAAAACGUCGAUGUGUUAUGAAUAUUAACAUUUUUGGAUAAGUGGAUACCUUGUUGCUCUGGGUAUUAUUUUUUAGAAUUUCGCUUUGGAUUUGCUUUUGAAGUCGCAAAAGAUUGUCCUUUUGACGAUUUUCGCUAACGAACUGCCGGUGAUGGGCAACAUGUGCUUGGUUGAAUAAUGUCGAAGUGGUGGUGGCUUUUUGACGCAGACCAGCAGCUUUAACCAAUUUCAGUUCAAGCUCCUCUCGGCUUUUAAUCUGCACAAAGAUAAAGAAGAUGAGAGUCUGAUAAAAUGUUGUACCAUAAUUAUGAAACCUGUUGUUUUGUUUCCAAAAACUGUCUGUUAAUCCUUUUUUGGAUUUCAUUUGCGGAUUUUCUCUUGGCGACUGCUAAACCAAUCAACCGUUUUUCCUGUUCUUGGCUUUGCCUUCCCAGCAUUCGAACUGUUCUAGGCGACAAAUUGCAUUGGCCAAUAUUUUUUUCGAUAAAAUGCAUUAAAUCUGAAUCUUCUAAUGAAAAUGUUUUGACACCAACAUCUUUGCUCAUAUUGUUUGUGUCCACAAAUUUUUGUAGAAUUCUUUCAUAUCUCUCUAUGUCUUUAACCGACAAACUGUCAACAUUCUUCAGCCUAUUUUUUAUAGUUUGAAGGCUUUCCUCCUGAUCCUCUUCUUCACUUUCAGAAUUGUGACCACAUUGAUGACUGGCUGCCAAAUAUAAACUGGAUUUUUUGGGUGUUGGGUUUCUGAGAUGUAUUUUCCUAGAACUGCUUGAAACAACCUGGAAUCUUUUUCCAGGA